UUUGGUCAAAAUCAACAGUAACUCCUGGCGGUUCAAGCAAUUAGUAUUUUAGCUGAUAUCAAAUAGCAAAGAUAAAAAUUAUUAAACAAAAUGAAGGUUAUUGUGCAAGUUUGUGUGCUCUUCGCCAUCGCCGCCGUGGCUUAUUCCGCCAGCUCGACCUGGGGUGUGCGCAAUUCUACCGAUGUCCUAAUUCUCAAUACACGUGUAUUCCAUCCAGCUGUGCGAAAUAUUGCGCAGACUUUCUACUUCGAUAUACCAGCGUCGUAUCAGAGCAACAACAAAGUGAUUAGCGCCAUCUACUUGGAUGACCAAUUCCAGAACAGUACAGGUCCAGUAAAUACUUUGGUAGCUGGUGGUCCCGGUUGGACUUACGCCUCGGUACAAAUGAGAACCCAAACUAGCAUUGGUUUGAAUGUAACAGUUUUGGUUUAUGCCAGAAAUUAAAUAAAUCGAUGAACAUGGAAAAAGUAUA